AUGGCCGCUCCGCACACCUGUGCUGAUACGAAGACGAACGGACAGCCAUGCCCUUGUCGACGAUUCAAAAAGCCGUUAACUCCACCAGACUCUGGGCCUGAACUAUGUCUCGACUGUCUCCAUAUCGAGGGUGCUCAUCCUCUAGAAAACGAGUUGACUUCUAGCGGUAACCAGUUGACCCAGAAUAUUCUCAAAAAUCUGCGCCCUGCUGUGAAUGUAUUACGCCUUGGGGAUGCGGUGUCCCCGGAGGACGCAAAGGCAGAAGCGCUCUCGAGGUUUCGCCCUACAAAAGGAAACAAUGCCGCCGCUUCGGGCUCUUCGAGUAAGGUGUCAGGGUCGGGGAAGCGUACUUCUGAGGGAAAGUUAAAGGGAAAGCAAAACAAGUCCAGUAAUGACGAGCCUUGGAUCAAGAUUGGGACUGUAGUUCUAUUUCCUGACGGCUUAGAGGAGCACGUCGAGGGUGAUGAUGAUGAAGCAUAUGAAUGCAAAUAUCCAUCUCCCAAUGCAUGCCUAUCACUUCGGAAGGCUGGAUUACUGCGAGACCUCAAGAAUACGGAAGCAGACGCACUUCGCUUCAAAUCCUCCUGGAGUACGGACCACAUCGACAACAACUUCAUGAGGCGGUUGUUUCCGGACGUGUUUGGGUUCAUCGAGAGGGAGAUGAGUGACGCUGUUGAGAGUGGUGAUAUCUUGUGGGCAUUGAUGGCGAGAAAUGAGGGCUCGCGAGGGAAGGUUAUGGUGUUGAAGAAGGAAUUGGUGACUGGAGAGGAUCUGAGGAUGGCGAAGACACCAGAUGGGCGGGGUUGGAAAGAUCAGACGCUCUACUUCGGCUCCGUAUCGUUGACACAAUCGCUCUCAGUCCUACGCAAAACAAUCCCUGACCAUACCUGGCGGAGCAUCACAGACGAAGACUCCUGGGACUCGAAGACCCUCGAAGUCUACGAUCGUGUUACAGGCCUUUUCGAGAAGAAAACAGCGACAUCCUCUGGAGGGGUAGCUAGCGGGUUGGGGGGUGCGAAGAGCUUGGGGAAGCGGAAACGGAAGGGGAAGACAAAUGCUAAGGCAAGGGCGAAGGUACGGAAGGAUGUUAAGGGCAAGGGGAAAGCGAGAGUCGUGGAUUCGGAGUCGGAGGACACCAGCAGUAGCGAGAUGGGAGAUGAGACCGGGGAUGAAUCGCCAUCGGAGUCGACAAAGGUCUCUUCGCGUGGCAAUAUUCUUGUGAUGCUGAAGAGGCUACAAUUUGCAGAGAUUAUGGACCUCUCACAGGAAACGGAUACCGAAGAAGAGUUCCCCUUGAACCUCACAGGUAAUCGGGCUGUCGUCGAGGAUAACAAGAUUGACGAUGACGACGUAGAGAUUCUCGAAGCCGAUCCUUCCACCACGCCACCCAACCUGCCCGCCACAGCCAUGCCCUCCACAUUCCCUGCCCCUGCCAACACUGCAUACACAUCGUCCUCGUCAUCGGCCUCAGUCUCGACGUCUCAUUUGACAGGGCCUUCGUCGGGUGUUCCCACUUCUGUUCAUGUAAACCUAUCGUCUAUUCCCGUCACCAUCAGCCAACAACCUGCUUCAUCCUCCAUUCUCCCCACUGGUGUCCCAUCGUCAUCGUCAUCGAGCUCGGCUGCAGCUGCCGUCAGUAAUCUAUCAUCUAUGCCCGUCACCACCAGCCAACCACCCGCCUCAUCCUCCAUACCCCCCACUGGUUUCCCGUCAUCAUCGUCAUCGAGCUCGGCGGCAGCUGCCGUCAGUAAUGCGCAGGCGCCUAUGCCAUCAACAAAUGUCCUAUAUCUUCCUGGUGGUUCGAUGACCCAAGCCCCACACCACUACUCUCCAAGGCAGCAGCCCAGUGUGUCACCGUGGUUCCGUCGCAAUACGGGCCCAUCAUAUGGGACAGUCAUAUCUGGUUCACCUCUAUCUACCCCUUCGACCUUGGGUAGCCGUCCCACCAGUUCACGUCCGGGAGACGAGAAGAAACCCAAGUUCGGUUUCCGUGAUCCCGGAAAACCCGACAAAAACCCUUGGAAAAAGGAGAGGUAG